UCACAGGCUGAGUGUGUCCAAACUAACCAAUUGGCAUCCUCCUCAUUCGUUCGUUGAUCCCGCCCACCGUAGACACAACAUCAGAGAGAGAAGUCGAGAUUUUAAAUAUAACUUUCGCCCCGAAUAAUGGAUCCAUAUGAGCUCAUUUCUGGUCUUGGGGGUAGAUAAUGCAUCCAAAGACUCCGUGAAGGGUUUUAGGGCGUCGGAUAGCGAUGAAUGACCGGGAAACACCUCCUCCGGUUCACGUCCAUGUCCCAGAAGCCACUCCGAUCCACGUCCAUAUGAAGAGAAGCCCCAGCAGAAAGCAAGAGGUGAAGACAUCUGACCCUCACAGUAAAGAGGGCAGAAAAUUGAAAGCUCCUCCAUGGAUUCCCCCUGGAAAAACUCCAACUCGACGCAAUAUGGACUUAGCUUAUGAUAGUCAAAGAAGCCGAUCUUUGCACCGCUCCGGCUCUGGUAUCAAAGACAGAACUGAAAUGGAGGAAGAGGAUCGGGAUCUGGUACCUGUCUCUAGAAGUCUAGCUGUUUUACUCAAAGAAGAAGAGGAGACCAACCGCAGGCGCUCCAGGAAGUCUGAAUGUGGAGCUCAGUUCAGAGACACAGAUGAGCUGCUCAGAGCUUUGGUGGAGGCUGACAUUGAUGGAGCCGCAGUGACCAAUCAGCUCUCAGCUCUGAAGGAGACACUGGACAGGCUCUCCAUGGUUAAGCGUUUGGGUAAAAUGCACACCACUUCCCUGGACCGCCAGCGAGAUUUACUGUUGGAAAAGGUUGACAUGUUUGCAAGCACCAGCCACAGCCUCCGAGCUCUGCUGCGAGAGUGGAGCGAGCAAGAGAGAGAGUCGCUGCUGUGGUCCGAGCAGAGAGAUGCCCUAAAGAAAAGACUCACUGACUGUGAAACUGAGAACAUUAGACUUGCAGCCAAACUUUCAAACAAAGAAAAAGAAACGACAAAACUGGCUGAGACUUUAGACUUGGAAAAGGAAAGUAACCGCACGUCAGAGGAACUGUCUAAACUCCUGGAGUCGACUCGUUUACAUCUGGAAACUCAACUGGAUCGAGCUCAGAUAGAAAACGCACAACUCACUGCUCAAAUUCAGAGGAUGCAGCAGACCCAGGAGCAGGUGCAGAUGGAGAUGCGUUCACUGACGGAUGAGCUGUGGUCUGUGAGGCGUUUGAGGGAUGAUGAGGAGCGUGAAAGGAGAGAGCAGGAGACCGAGAGGGCAGAGCGGGCUGAAGAGGAGAUGAAGAGACUCUCUGAGAAACUACACCAAAAGGAGCUGCAGUUGGCACAGGCCUUGUCCUCGUCCAGUGAGUGGUGCAUUCGACACAAAAACGAAGUCUCUGCCAAAGAACACUUGGAGCAGGAGAUCCCAGUGCUCAAACGUCGUGUUGAUGAGCUGGUGGAUCAGUUGCAUUUGUCUGAGGAGCAAAACCUGACUGAGAGAGAGGAGCUCCAAGCACAGUUUAAACUCAUCAGUGAACAGAACACCGCUUUGAACACAAACAACCACAAACUCAAGGGCGACUUGUCUGUAUCAGAGGAGAGGCUCAGAGAGCUGCAGUUAGAAGCUCGAGGGCUCAAAACCCUCCUUAGGAAAUAUGAGAGCCAAGUGGAGAAAUACAAGAAGAAGCUGCAUGAGAGUCGGUUGGAGUCGGAGCGGUUUGUCCAAAAGUUGGAGGAGGCUGAGGCACAGAGCCGAGAGCUGAAGGUUCAGCUGAGUCUGGAGAAAGAGGGGCAGAAACUUCACCUCCACAGCCGCCUCCGAGAGCUUGAGGACCUGCCCGAGAAAGUCCGACAGACUGAACAGCGACUGAAGGAAGCACAGCACAGCGCCGAGACAUACGAGAGGAGGAACAUUGAACACACCACAACACUCACCCAGCUACGCCUCAAGGUGGAACAGCAGGGGACGCAGUUGGAUCUGGCUCAACAGAGAAACACACUUCUUCAGGAUGAGAACAAUAGUCUCCAUAAGAAAACACAGACUUUAGAAUGUAAACUGGAGGAGCUGAAGUGCCAGUCCACAGCCCAGUCCCAGGACCUGGUCUUGAAGGAGGGUUUGGUGUUGAAGCUUGAGAAGGAACUAGAGGAGCGGUCUCUGGAGGUGUCUGUUUUAAACUCCAGACUGCAGCAGAGCCUACAGGAUGCAAAGAGACAGGCAGACGAGGAGAUGCAGAGGCUACUGUCCAAAGAGCGAGUGUCCCAGUCCAAAGCCUUAGAUUUACAGAGCGAACUGAGCCGAGCCAAAACAGAGCUCAGUCUGCUGCAGCGGAGCAAACAGGAGAUGGAGCGGCGGUUCCAGGGGCAGUUGCAGAACCUGAAGGAGAGACUUGAACAGAGCGACUCAACGAACAGAGCUCUGCAAAACUACGUCCAUUUUCUCAAAACAUCGUAUGGAAAUGUGUUUGGAGAAUCUUUGAUGCAGAGUCAUUGACAAAGCCGCACAUUACUCAGCAUAUGGUGCUCAGAGACACUUUUGUGCCAAUGUGUUGUUUUUAUAUUGUGUUUUGUAGCCAC